GUGACGUUUUGUUCUCCUUUUAACCCGCAAGGUGAGGGUGUGGAAGAAACAAUGAAUAAGGAGUUAGUGUAAAGGUCUCAUUCGCAUUACCGCGCAUCAAGCAGCACCGGGACACACUUCUCCCGCGGCGGGAUAUAUACUAAAGUUUCCCCCCCGAGCAGCUGGUGACAGCAGCGGAUCUCAGGUGAUCAGGAAAUACCGUGCUCCUCCGGCCAUGGCCCGGCGUGUACCGCCCGCUGUCGCUUUCCUCUUCUGUUUUGGACUAUCGCAUGUGUUUGAGGUUGAAGCCAGAUUCCAGCACUCUGUGGCCCUCCACAGGCAGAAAAGAGAAUGGAUCGUCCCUCCCCAAAUCUUGGAGGAAAAUGUGGAUUACACCAAGAGAGAGUUCAUUGCAAAAAUUCGCUCAGAUAAAGAAGAUGUCAAGCUGAAAAAUGUGAGGUACUUACUGAAGGGCGUCGGCGCAGACCAGCCGCCGUUCAAUUUAUUUGUGGUGAAUCCUGAAACUGGAUACGUCAGGAUAACGGGGAUCCUUGACCGGGAGUCCAUCGCACAAUACAAUCUUUCAGGCGUCGCCAUGUUCACAGAUGGCACGAUUGCAGAAAAUGACAUUGGACUGAGAAUAAAAGUAAAGGAUCAGAAUGACAACCCCCCUGUUUUUGGCGCGAUGAAUCCGGGGGCUGUAGACGAGCUCAGUCCAGUAGACACGGUAGUGAUGAAGAUGAAUUGCUUUGAUGCCGAUGAGCCAGGAAACCCAAACUCUCAAAUCAAGUAUGAGAUUAUUGAGCAGCAGCCGGCUGGACAGAAUAUGUUCAGAGUUGACAGUGACGGCACGGUCCGUGUUGUCAGUCCAAACCUGGAUAGAGAGACUAUUGAUCAGUACAUCCUGCUUGUCAGAGCGUCUGACCUGAAUGGAGCUGCAGGUGGCAAUGCCGCCACAGGGACGGUCACCAUCAAGAUCAAUGACGUCAACGAUAAUGUGCCUGUGCUGGAAGGCCCAUUUGAGGCCAGUAUUGAGGAAAAUACACAGAACGUAGAGGUGAUGAGACUUAAAGCAACCGACCUGGAUCUUAAAGGCACGGACAACUGGGCGACUAAGUGCUAUAUUGCAUCAGGCAAUGAGGCUGGGUACUUCAGCAUUCACACGGACCCUAAGACCAAUGAGGCAGUUAUUAUGCUUGACAAGGCUGUCGAUUACGAGGAUGUCAAAGACCUAAAUCUUGGCAUUGGUGUAGAGAACAUUGCUCCGUACCACCCCUCUGUGACUGGAGGAGGGCAGGGAAUGAAUAUCAACUUCGGGGGCAGCGGUGGUGGUGCAGGAGGAGGAGGAGGCGGCGGAGGAGGCGCUGGUGGAGCUGGAGGCGGCGCUGGUGGCAGUUCUGGCGGUUCAUGGUCGACCUCAGGGGGUCAGAUAUACAAUGUGAACGUCAAGGUGAAAAACCAGCCUGAAGGACCCAAGUUCAUGCCCCUAACGAAAGCCAUCCCCAUCUCAGAAGGCAAGACUUUUAACAGCAAUGAGGUCAUCGCAAGAUACCCCGCCAUUGAUACAGACACUGGAAAGGAAGCUACCAAUGUAAAGUAUGUUAAAGGAUACGACCCAGAUAACUGGCUGAGCAUAGAUGAGACGACUGGAGCCAUUAAAAUGAACAAGGCUCCCGACCGCGAGUCCAAGUAUCUAGUUAACGGCACUUACAUCGCCAAGAUUUACAGCAUAACUCAAGACUUGCCUUCAAAGACAGCAACAGGCACCAUUGCCAUUCAAGUAGAGGAUUUUAAUGACCACUGCCCAACUCUUACAAGCAAAGUCCAGACACUCUGUACUGAUAAGGAUGCGGUCUUAGUCACUGCAGUGGAUGAGGAUGCUCCACCCAAUGGAUCUCCAUUCACCUUCAAUGUUGUCCCAGAAGGAACCCAGGGCAAAUGGACAGUUGAGCAUUUAAAUGAUACCACUGCCAUCUUCAGAACCCAGGACAAGCCGUGGCCGGGACAAUAUGAUCUGAUGGUGGAGGUCAAGGACCAGCAGGGGUUGUCAUGUCCAGAACCUCAGAAGAUUCAGGUGGAUGUGUGCACCUGUACCGACCAGGGAGCUUGUGCCAGAGCAAGUGGAACAAGUGGAGCAGCAGGAGCAUUAAAGAAGGGAUCCAGGUUUGGAGCAGCCGGAAUUGGCCUGCUCUUCCUUGGACUCCUUGCAUUGCUGCUCAUCCCACUCCUGUUGCUGUUGUGUCAGUGUGGAGCUGCUGGACUGGGGGGAGCUUUCACAGAAAUGCCCUAUGACACUAAAGAGCAUCUCAUCUCUUACCAUACUGAGGGCCAAGGAGAGGACAGGGAUGUUCCAAUAGUCGACGCAAUUGAUGGAAGGUCAGGGUAUGGUUUAAGAGACGUGGGUGGUAUGCGUGGCAUGGGAGGAGCAGGAGGAGCAGGAGGAGCAGCCUUCAUGGACUCCUUUUCCACAAUGGGUGGCCGUGGCUAUAAUGAUAUGGAAAUGUCCUACAUGGACUCGAGCAGAAGAAGGAGUAGAGGAAUGACUAUAGCUGGAGAUUUUGAUGGACUGGCUGCAUCUGAUAAGUUCCUGAGUCAAUACUACUCAAAUAAAAGCCGAGGAAUGGAGGAUGGAUUUGCUAAGAAUGAGUCUAUAGUGUAUGAUUACGAAGGAAAGGGCUCUCCUGUGGGCUCUGUGGGCUGCUGCAGCAUCCUCGAAGAUAACAAUGACCUAGAGUUUCUCAAUGACCUCGGGCCCAAGUUCACUACUCUCGCUGAAAUAUGUGGAGGUAAAAAGCCUGAGGUCCCCGCUCCUCUUCCCCCCCCUCCCAAACCCAUCGUGGACCGUACCGAGGUGGUGUCUUCAUCGACUAACAUCAUAAACCCUGGGAAUAUUACCACUAACAGAGCUAUAUCUUCAAACGCAUUGAAUAUAGCUUCCAACGCAUCUACCCGUGUGGAGAACGUCAUGGUAACAGACAACCGCCCCACAAUGAUCACGAGUGUCCAGCCGGCUCCAACGCUCCUGGUGCAACCGCAGCCAAUGUACUACAUGGUGGAGCCUCAGCCCAGCACAGUACUGCUCGCCGAAAGGCCCGCCGUGGGACAGAACAUGUACGUGCUGAACAGCGGCCCGGUAGCCGAGGGGGUUGUAGUCCAGGGCGCCAACAUAGCAACGAAUACCCUGUCCCACGGAGAGAGAAUGGUGCUUGUGGAAAGAGGGGCACCUGUUCAGGCUGGGAUGCUGCACGCCGGUAAUCUCUCUGGAUCACAAGUGCUCCUGGUGGAUGGGGGAGCCGCGAGCGGUCAAGUCCUUCAGGGGACGCUUCAGAGAGGGGUUGCUGGAUCUCAGGGCCUGAUGGUCGUGGAAGGACAAGGGGGUCACGUGAUUCAGGGGUCCCUCCAAAAAGGCGUUUCCACUCACGGUGGAUCUCAAAAUGUCCUUUAUAUGGAGAGCAAAGGGGCAUCAGGUGUGGGCCUUCAAAAGGGCAUGGUGUCCACCCAAGGGUCAUUCGGUAGCGUAGGAUUGGGUGGGUCAUCUAUCCAGAUUAACCAAAACCCAUCGUCACAUAAAGUCGUUGUCCAGGAGAGAAAGGUUGUGUCAACACAAAGUGUUAAGCAAUAAAGCAGAGCUCAUUCAGUAGUUGUACAGUCAUAAGUGUUUAGAAAGUCAUAAAUCAUGCCUUCAUAGCUCAUGUAUACAAAUCAUUAGAGUUUCAUGUUUUCAACAUGUUAGGUCACAAAGAAUAUGCAAAUAAUGCUUGAAAAACUGGUUUUAAUGCAUUUGAGUUUACUUCUCUGUCUGUGUAGUGCACUGUACGAGUUUCGUUUUCUUUUUUUAGUCUAUCCCUUGCAUUUAAAAUAUUAUGUUACUGCAUUCAGCGUGUGCUCUGUAAAGACUGUUGUUUGCGGAAAAUAUGCACAAGCUGCCCUCAGGCCAUUUCUGUGCAGUUUAUGCAAAUCGUCUGCAAGCUAUUUUAGUAAAAGGCAGAUAUAUGAGAAGAUAAACACAGCCGGAAAUCAGUCAAGCAGAGUCACCUCUAAAGACUAUGGAAGGACAGAUUUUGUUUGGUUUUGUUUUUAGAAAAGUUGUGGUAAUGUAUAUUUUGGGUAGCUUUUUUAUAAAAAAUGAAAAGUGUGUUUCAUUAACCAGCACUGGUAUGGUUUGCAUUUUUACAGUAUUUUUUAAUACUCUUCUUAGUUACUGUUUGUAAACAAGAAGCCUGAUUAGCAAGAAGCUUGUGGUUUCUCUUUGCAGUGUGGUUAAAACGAAAAGACCAAACCUACAUUCCAAGCAAUAAUGAUCAUGUGUAUGAAAUGUUAUGAUUUUCUCUCUCUCUCAGAAUGCUUGUAUUCAUGAAUACAGUAGCUAAAGCACAUUUCUUUUGUUUUUUUGAUGGAAUUUGGUACAUUUUUUUUUCUGCAGUGGGCAGUGGUUUCCUACUUUCCCAGAAAUGGACUCAUUAGCUACAUGUUGGGAAAGUGUUGCUGGUUUUAACAGAGAAACUUUGUUCAGGGGUCAAUUCAAAAUGUUGUAAAGCUGCUUAAGGCUGUUUAGAAAUUCUUUUUUUAAAGCAGAUUUUAUAAAUGUUUCAUAUGUUUCACUGUGGAAAAGAAUUCCUAAAGACAAUAAAAACGUUGUUUUAAUGUCA